UGGUGACGUCAACACCUGCGACGGGUCGUGCGACAGACACGCGACAAAACACUUGGCGACCGCCGAAGAAGUAAAGUUCGGGGUUAAAAAAGUAAAACGCUUAAAUCUCAGCGAUUGGAGAGUCGACUUGUAAAUUGACUGAAAUGUCGUUUUCCGCCUUCUCGGCUGAGUAGUGACGGGGCUUAGGAGGGUCGCCAUGUAGACGCGGCGGAAGAAGAAUGAGCAGUCAAUUUACUUCCACAGAGGCCACUGACGACUACGCUGUCCAACAGGAAAAUGAGUUGGAGGCACUCGCAUCUAUUUUCGAGAAAGACUUUAAGGAUCUGCGCCAAAAUGAUCCAUGGAAGGUGAAAAGACCUCCUGAGGUGCACCUCUGCUUGCGCCCUAAAGGACUGAACCAUGGCCAGGAAUGUUACGUGACGGUGGACCUUCAAGUCAAAUGCCUACCAAACUAUCCAGACGUGCCUCCAGAGCUGGAGUUGACAAAUGUCAAAGGUCUGUCGAAUGAUAACCUGCAGACACUCCAAAGUGAACUCACCAAACUGGCAGCGGCACAGUGUGGAGAAGUGAUGAUUUACGAGCUGGCGGACCACAUCCAGGGAUUCCUAAGCGAGCACAACAAACCUCCCCCAUCCUCCUUUCACGACGAAAUGCUGAAGAAUCUUCGCAGAAAACAGGAGAAGCGAGAUCUGGAGGAGCAGCAGAGGAGAGAUCAGAGGCGCAAGCAAGAAGAAGAGAUGGAAAAAGAAAUAAUGGCUGUCAUCCAGAGACGAGAGGAGGAAAAACGAGAAGAAAAGAGGAGAAAGGAGAUUGCCAAACAGGAACGUCUUGAGAGUCAAGAGCUAGCAAUCCCGCCCAGCGUGUUGGGAAAAAGCCCACCCGUUUCGCGCGGAACUCCUCCUGACUGCACGGACACAAAGAAAGGAAUCUUAAAUCGCCGACGAAAUACCUCAAAUACACGUCAUAGACGUGAGACAAUCAGUGAAGACAACUUGCACACGCAAGAGCGUCUUCACUUCAACAGCAGCACGUUUGGAGAACUUGUUGUCCACAAAGGAAAACAUUUAGGAGUGAGUGAGAGGUUUGGUCGGAAUGUUUAUUAUGGCUUUGAGGCCAACUCUGGCGACUUUACAGUCAUUUAUGAGUGGUCACUGCGCUGGAACAAGAAAAUGGGCAAGUUCUUCACGAGCCAGGAAAAAGUAAAGAUUGACAACUGCAAAAAGCAGAUCCACGCGACAGAAACUGAAUUCAACUCCCUCCUGCGACUUGAGCACCCGAACCUAGUGCACUACAGGGCACUGAACUCCAGCGAGAAAGAAGACUGCCUUGUAGUGGACCUGCUGGUUGAGCAUGUGGCCGGCAUCGGCUUGAACCAAAGCCUCCUCACCUGCACCCCCGUCCCUCUGGAAAAGCUCUGCCACUAUACAGCCCAGCUGUUGGCUGCACUUGACUACCUGCACUCUAAUUCUGUGGUCCAUAGACAUUUGGGAGCCUCAAGUGUACUGCUGGACUACGAGGGGAAUAUUCGACUGACUGACUACAGCUUAUCCAAAAGAUUCUCGGACAUUUGCAAAGAGGAUAUUUUUGAGCAGGCUCAUGUACGUUUUUCUGAGGAUACGGCAAUGCCCACCAAGAUGGGCAAAAAGGGCGAUGUGUGGAACUUGGGACUGAUGCUGCUUGCUCUUAGUCAAGGCAAAGAAGUGAAAGAGUAUCCUGUGACGGUGCCGUCAAAUCUGCCAGCUGACUUCAAGGACUUCCUCCAUAAGUGUGUCUGCCUAAAUGAUGUUGAUCGAUGGACGACCCAGCAACUCUUGGACCACAACUUCCUGAAGCCUCCAUCACCUCGAAACCAGCUUCAUUUCCACGAGAGCAGCCCAGAAGAUCUUGCUGUGGAUUUCGCAUCAUCUGUAAUCCCACGUAGCCACAUUCUGAAUGCUCCAUUUAGUCCUGGAGUGCAGAGGCAGUUUUCUCGCUACUUCAAUGAAUUUGAAGAACUCCAACUGUUGGGGAAAGGGGCCUUUGGUGCUGUAAUUAAGGUUCAGAACAAUCUUGAUGGUUGUUAUUAUGCUGUGAAGCGCAUCCAGGUCAACCCUGCCAGCAAGCAAUUUCGGCGUAUAAAAGGCGAAGUGACGUUGUUGUCGCGUCUCAACCAUGAGAACAUUGUGCGCUACUACAACGCGUGGAUCGAGAGGAGCGAAGUCCCGCCCAAAGGGGCGCUCAGCAGUAGCGAUAGCUCAGAACCUACGAGCACUGCUGACAAGUUGGCUCCUGUCCGGAAACCCCCACCCAGGCUCAACGAGCUGGGCCUUCUUGACAAUGCGGAGGACAUUGCGCCACCUCCAGCCUUGUCGAGCUCAGUGGAAUGGUCCACGUCCAUCGAGAGGUCUUCUAGUGCUAAAUGUGGUCGGCAUCAGUCAAGUGAUGAUGAGGAUGACGAUGAUGAGGAUGACGACGUCUUCGGUGCCUCUUUUCUGCCAUCAGACGACUCCAUCAGUGACGUCAUCUUUGACAAUGGCAAUGAAAGCACAGACGAAAUGUCGCAGGGUGAACUAAGCAAAAGGCCGUUGAGCGAAACGACUGAAAGUGCAGACUCUGAUCGACCCUUUGUCAUUGUGCAUUACUUGUAUAUACAAAUGGAAUACUGUGAAAAAAGCACUUUGCGAGACACAAUCGACCAAGGUUUGCAUCAGGACCAGAAUCGGCUCUGGAGGCUCUUCAGGGAAAUCCUAGAUGGUCUUUCCUAUAUACAUGAACAGGGAAUGAUUCACAGAGACCUGAAGCCUGUCAACAUCUUUCUUGACUCCCAAGAUCAUGUGAAAAUUGGUGACUUCGGCCUAGCAACGGACCAUCCGGCCACUGUGGCUGCAGGUAAAUUUGAAGUGGAAGAGAGCAGCUCUGCAGCACUGCAAAAACUUGACCCCACAGGAAACCUGACUGGCAUGGUAGGGACAGCCCUCUAUGUAAGUCCAGAAGUUGAAGGAAAUACCAAAGCUACCUACAAUCAAAAAGUGGAUUUGUUUAGCCUUGGGAUCAUCCUCUUUGAGAUGUCUUACCGGCCGAUGAUCACUGGAGCUGAGCGCAUUUCUGUCCUAAGCCAGCUACGUGUGGAGGCCAUUCAGUUCCCGGAUGACUACAGUAAAUAUGAGCAAGGAACACUGAGAAAAGUGAUUGAGUGGCUUUUAAAGCAUGACCCUGCGCUGCGGCCCACUGCUCAGGAGCUGCUCAAGAGUGAUCUGCUGCCUCCUCCCCAGAUGGAGGAGUCUGAGCUGCAUGAAGUGUUACAGCACACGAUGGCCAAUAUAAAUUGCAAAGCUUAUCGCAGCAUGGUGGGCCAGUUGUUUGCUCAGAUUAAUUCCCCGGUCAUGGAUUUCACCUACGAUAUAGACCUUCACAAGGGCAGCUUCAGCUUCAGGACUGCCAAAUUGCAGCAGUAUGUGUAUGAGACAAUCACCAGGAUUUUCAAGAAGCACAGUGCAGUACGCUUGCAGACGCCCCUGCUGCUUCCCAGACACAGGAAGCUUUGUGAAGGCAGCGAGCCGGCCUGUUUCAUGGACCAUAGUGGUAUGCUGGUGACGCUGCCCUACAAUCUUCGUAUGGCGUUUGCGAGAUAUGUCGCCCGAAACAACAUAACAUUUCUAAAGAGGUACAGCAUAGAUCGUGUUUUUCGGCCCAGAAAGCUGGAUCGAGCUCAUCCAAAGGAGCUUUUGGAGUGCGCCUUUGACAUCAUCACACCCAUCACCAACAGCCUGCUCCCAGAUGCUGAGACCAUUUACACCAUCUCUGAAAUAGUCCAGGAAUUUUCUGCACUUCAGGAAAGGAAUUACAACAUUUACCUGAACCAUACUAGUUUGCUGAAGGCUAUCCUGCUCCACAGCGGAAUCCCUGAGGACAAACUUAACCAGGCCUCCAACAUACUGUGUGAUGCAAUGAGUGAAAAGCUGACCAAACGUGAGGUAGAGGCAAAGUUCUGCAACUUUUCGCUGUCGGCAAAAAGUUUGCAGGUGUUGUACAAGUACAUAGAACAUAAGGGGACACUGAAAGAAGUUGCACCAUUGUUGACUUCACUCGCCAAGCAGAAGACAGCUGUCACGCAGUUGGCAAAACAGGGCCUCAAGGACCUGGAGGAGGUUACAGUGCUACUUCAAAGACUUGGAGUCAAACUGCCAGUGGUGGUUAAUUUAGGUUUAGUGUACAAGGUGCAGCACCACUCUGGGAUCAUCUUCCAGUUCGUGGCCUUCAUCAGGAAGCGCAAACGAACUGUUCCAGAUAUACUGGCGGCUGGAGGACGCUACGACCAUCUGAUCCUGGAAUUUCGUGGGCCUGCCUCAACGGUGCCUGUGCCUUCUGCAGUAGGUGCCAGCGUGGCGUUGGACAAAGUCUGUGCUGUGGUAGCCAGCAUGGAGGAGCCACCUUCAGUAAGCGCUUGUGAUGUCCUUGUUGUCCCAGUGGGACAUUCAUCCAUGUCUAGAGCCAUCGGUGUUGUCCAGAAGCUCUGGAGCAACAAUGUGACUGCAGAUAUUGCUUAUGACGUCUCACAGUCUCAGGAGACAUUGAUGGACCACUGCCGGGUGGCUGGCAUCACGUGCAUAGCCACGGUGUCGGACAAAGACGGGAACUACGUAAAGGUCAAAUCCUUGGAGAAGGACAAACAGUCCGAGAAAAGGGUUCUUGAGUUGGAAGUGGUGGAGCACAUCAUUCAAAAAUUCCGGACAAAGUUCUUAGAGGAAAGAUCCAUGAGGGAAAUAUCAGAAAGUAUGGGCCAGAACACUAAAGGCUCCCAGCUCAACAACACAGGAUCUUCAGAGCAAUAUGGGAGCAGUUGCAGCAUGAACAUGAAUGUAAAUGUCAUCAGUUCAGAGAAAGUGUCUGCCAGUGCAAGACGCCGCUUUGAAACUCAGAUCCAUACCCGAUUACAGACCCUUGUAAGCAGUUUACAAAACAAGAGCAGUGACAUUGAGGUUCUGGCAGUGGACCUUCAGAAGGAAACGCUGAUCAACUUCCUGUCUCUGGAGUUUGAAAGCGAAGAGCAGUACAACAACAGUGUGAAGACUCUUCUGUCACGUCUACCCAAGCAGCGCUACUUGAAGUCCAUCUGCGAUGAGAUCCACACUUUAAAAAUGACCAAAAGGGUGGCUGUGGUGGUCUUGUACAGCUUGAAGGAUGACUACUUCAAAACCCUGCUGUGAAAACGCAUUGUGUUCCCUUCCCGGACCCCUCUUGUUCUGACUGUGCAAAUAUUUGCCUUUAAACUUUAAGAAUGAGUGCUUGCAAAAAAAUGACCUUUGUUAUUGUCAUCAUACCUCAGGUUUGUCAAUGAAACUGUAGUCCCCUAAACAAGGUUUGUGGAAUUAAACAUAGCCUUAAUACUUGUUUUUUUUUUAAUUUUUUUAUUUUUUUUUAUUUUUUUUUUUUUUAAUGAAACCAGUAUUUUUUUGUAAGAAGGAGUAGGACUGAAAGCAUGAAUAAAUCUUUUCCUC